AUGGCUACUGGAUCGACAGAUUCCUCUAGCUCCCGCUCCUCAGGUGUUCUCUACAAGCUGUUGGUCGUGUUCUCUGUCUGUAUAGCUGUUUCAACUUAUCAAGCACUCCAGCCUCCUCCUCCAAAGCUAUGCGGCUCUUCUAAUGGUCCAUCUAUCACAGCACCAAGAAUUAAACUUAGAGACGGAAGACACUUGGCUUACAAGGAGCAUGGUGUUCCCAGAGAUGAAGCUACCCGUAAAAUCGUCUUUGUCCAUGGAUCAGAUAGUUGCAGACACGACAAUGCCUUUGCAGCUCUUCUUUCACCGGAUAUUAAGGAGGGAUUAGGCGUGUACAUGGUUUCAUUUGAUAGACCUGGUUAUGGAGAGAGUGAUCCUGACCUAAACCGUACUCCCAAAAGCUUGGCUUUGGACAUAGAGGAGCUUGCUGAUCAGUUGAGUCUAGGAACUAAGUUCUAUGUCAUAGGGUACUCUAUGGGAGGACAAGCUACAUGGGCAUGUCUUAAAUACAUUCCUCACAGGUUAGCUGGAGCAGCUCUUGUAACACCAGUGGUGAACUAUUGGUGGAAGAGCUUUCCAUCAGAUAUCUCAAAGGAAGCUUAUAAUAAACAACCGAGAAAUGAUCAAUGGGCGGUUCGUGUUGCACACUAUGCUCCUUGGCUUACUCAUUGGUGGAACUCUCAGAAGUGGUUCCUUGGGUCAAGUGUUGUGACCCGAAACCUUGGUUUGUUGUCUAAAUCUGACAAAGAGAUCCUCUUCAAGAUUGGUGCUAAAGGGAGGCCACAUGAGGCAGAAAUAAGGCAGCAAGGGACACAUGAGACUGUGAUCCGUGACAUGAUUGUUGGGUUUGGGAAAUGGGAGUUUGAUCCAAUGGAACUUGAGAACUUGUUCCCUAACAAGGAGGGAUCAGUGCACUUGUGGCAGGGAGAUGAUGACGCUCUAGUACCUGUGACGCUACAACGUUACGUUGCUAAGAAGCUGCCAUGGGUUCGUUACCAUGAGAUUCCUGGAGCAGGGCAUAUGUUCCCGCUUUUUCCAGGUAUGGUUGAUAACAUAGUUAAGACGCUCUUGACGAACGAAGAAGUCAAGAACUAA